AUGGCGUCUUCAGCUAUGUAACUUGAAGAUCAUAAGCGAUAUCUUGAAAGAUUGCCGUUAAUGUUAAUUUUCACAUCAGAACUAAACAACGGGCUCUUUUAGGGGGAAAAUCAUGAAUGUCAUUUUGGCAGUGAAGCAGUACGUCACAAAGAUGAUCGCAGAUAGUGGGCAAGGAAUGAAAGUUCUUCUUAUGGACAAGGAAACAACAGGUGUGGUGAGUAUGGUAUACAGUCAGAGUGAGGUGCUGCAAAAGGAGGUGUAUCUUUUUGAAAGAAUUGACACCAGUGGACGAGAAACAAUGAAGCAUUUAAAGGCUAUUUGCUUCUUGAGACCAACAAAGGAGAAUGUGGAGCACCUUUGCAGUGAACUAAAAAAUCCAAAAUAUGGAACAUAUUACCUAUACUUUUCCAAUUUCAUUGUCAAGCCCAGUAUCAGAGCAAUUGCAGAAGCAGAUGAUCAUGAAGUUGUAAGAGAAGUCCAGGAAUUUUACUCUGACUAUUUUGCUGUUAGUCCACAUGUAUUUUCACUAAACCUUCCAAGUUGUUCACGGGGUGGAUCUUGGGAUGGUGAGGCAUUAGAUCGCUCUUGUCAGGGUAUUUUGGCUGUGUUGUUGUCAUUAAAGAAAUGCCCUUUGAUAAGAUAUCAACAGUCCUCUGAGAUGGCUCAAAGACUUGCUGAAAAUAUCAAGCACAAGAUAAAUGAGGAGGCUUCACUGUUUGACUUCAGAAGAACCGAUGUUCCUCCCGUGCUGUUGAUUUUAGACAGACGAGAUGAUCCAGUAACACCUCUGCUAAACCAAUGGACUUACCAGGCAAUGGUACAUGAACUGAUUGGUUUGAGAAAUAACAGAGUGGAUCUGUCCAGGUGCCCUGGCAUCACAAAAGAACUUCAGGAAGUCGUCUUAUCAGCCGAACACGACGAGUUUUAUCAACGGAACAUGUAUCUCAAUUUUGGAGAAAUUGGCCAAAACAUCAAAACACUGAUGACAGAGUUUCAGCAGAACGUGAAGAGUAACCAGCGUCUAGAGUCCAUUUCCGAUAUGAAGGCUUUUGUUGAGAAUUAUCCUCAGUUUAAGAAGAUGUCGGGAACAGUGUCUAAACAUGUUACUAUUGUUGGUGAGUUGUCUCGUCUGGUUCAAGACAAGUCACUUUUGGAUGUCUCCGAAGUGGAACAAGAUCUCGCCUGUCAGAACGACCAUUCAUCUGCCUUACAGAAUGUCCGUCGGCAACUCGCCAAUGAGAAUGUGUCUGAGCUGGACAUGGUUAGGAUGGUGUCCCUGUACGCGCUUCGUUACGAAAAACAUAGCAGCAAUGACGUGGGUGGCCUGUUGAACAUGUUGUCAAGAAGAGGGGUCAGCGAACCUCUUAAGAAGACGGUGACGGCUCUAAUCCAGUAUGGCGGCAGGAGUGUCAGGGGUAGUGAUCUCUUUGGGCAAAAUAAAACCCCGUUGUCUUUGACGAGGAGAUUCUUCAAGGGAUUAAAGGGAGUCGAAAACAUCUACACACAGCAUACUCCUUUGAUCUCUGAAACACUGGACAGCUUAGCGAAAGGAAAGUUAAAGGACACGCAGUUCCCAUACAUUGGUUCGUCAGUGCUGCGAGACAGGCCCCAAGAAAUUAUCUUGUUUAUGGUUGGUGGAGCAACUUACGAGGAGGCUUAUGCUGUUUAUAACUUAAACAAGACAUUGCCUGGAGUGAAAAUUGUUCUUGGAGGAACCACAAUUCAUAACUGCAAAAGUUUUCUUGAAGAAGUAAGUCAUUCCACUGGCCAAGGCGCUUCUACUAGAGCCCGGGCUUCCUCUGGUGGAGCACAUUACAGAUCUUCAUAUUCGUCCUCGUUUUUCUGAAGUGAUCCGACAACACAUGAAUUCUUGUAAGAUGGCAUUUUAUUCUAGCGUAUAAAUCGCAACAGCCGAUCAGAAAAUAAACAAUAUUACAAAAAGCUAAUAAGAAAUCUAAAUAAAAUCAAGCUUGCUGACUGAAUCGCGAAAAUGUAGCUGCCUGAUUAGCGAUUGAUCUUAUUUGAGUUACUAAUUUUUUGUUAAAAGAUUGGCGCGAGUCUUCCAGGCCAAUCAUUGAGAGAAGAAUGAGAACCAAAACAAUUCCGGAUUCUUUUGACAUUACAACCGAAAAGUACGAUAAAACUAUCGUAGGAUCCCCUCUCGUAAAACAACAAAAUUAUUAAUGUAGUUAAAUCAACUUUUUUAAGCCAUUAUCAACAAGAAUUAUAUUUAAAGGACUUCCUGUCAUUCAUAGGCGAAAGAAGGAGAGUUACUUAUACUGUUAAACUGUUAAUGCUGCGUAAAAGUUAGUGUCUAAGUAGAUUGAACCAAUCGCUAAGAAGCGUCACGUGUUUGAGUUAGAAGCUUUAGUCGAGCUGCUCAAAUUCUCAAAAGGACAUUUUAAUCUAUGCUUUACCAUCAGAAUGUAAUGUUUGGUUUCUUUAUCCCCCACAGUGUAUCUGGUUUUUGGUAAUUUUUCACUUAAAACGUUCUUCACUUUAUGUUUCAAAUCCGAACGGUUUCAGCUGAAAAUCAUUUUUUUAAAAAAUCAAAAGGCUUGUCUUACGUCCAACCUUUAUGUAGCUAUUAUAUGAAAUUACAAAAUACUACAGAUGCCAGAAGUUGUAUUGUUUCAUUUAAUUUGUUGAAAGAGGAACUAGGCAUUUCAAGUGGCUUCAUUGUACAAUUAAAGGGUAGAGUUAUCGGGAAACUCGUCUGAUGACUUACUAAAUUUAGAGAUUUGUUUUCAGUGAUCGGCACCUGUAGCAGUCAUAAUGAAAGGGCCGUGGAAGAUAUUGAAUAAAAAAGGAAUUUCUAUUCUUAUGUAGAA